AUGUCUCACUACGUCUCCCUCCACUCUACACUGCCUCGCCUCCUUGAUUGGCUUCCUUCUCCGCCAGUAGAGCUCUCCAAUGUCACAGUCAAUGCCCCCUUACCCAAUAUCAUCAGUCCGCCACCCACAAGCACAUGGGGAGGCAUGGGUACUAUCCCCACGUCAGACUCUGUGUUUGGCAAGGGUGAGAGGAAUCGCGAUUCUACUGCUUUCGUGGGCCUUCAGUACUCAAUGUCUCAGCUACACGACUCACAAGCCCCUCGUAUCUACCGACGUAGCUACGGGGGCAGGCCCGACUCCAGCGGCGUCACAUUCAAGAUGCGGCGCUCAGCUCGACUUCGCCACUCCCAGGGGCUCUGCGCAGCCCCGAGCAAUAGCAGGGUACACGUCUCACUUCGCCUUGAUGAUUUGAUGAUGGAGAAGGACACCACGAACGCACCAUCCUCAUGCCAAAUCCUCCGCCGCUCCCGACAACGAGGCCUCAAGAUGGCUGGCCACCCCAUACGGAACGACGGGAUACGAGCACAGUGUUGA